GAAGGUGCACUCUAGGGUUCCUCACCGAAGCUUCAAAUCGAGCCAAUUGAUUGAAUUUUUCAGAUUGUCAGUGAAUUUUCAGAGCUAUGUACGGAUCAAGAGGGGCAAUGUUGGGGAGCGGGGGGGUUUCGGACGGGUACGAGAUCGGCUCAAAGAGACCAAGAAUGAUGGAAUCAAAUCCCUACUUCGCAGUGAGCAGCGGUGCAAGCAGUUAUCACCAGCCUUAUGGCUAUGGUAGCAGCAGAUUUCAGCCUUCUGGAUUUCCUGUUGUUCAUUUGAGGGGUCUUCCGUUCAACUGCACUGAAAUUGACAUUUACAAGUUCUUUGCUGGCCUGGAUAUUGUGGAUAGUUUCCUGGUCAACAAGGAUGGACGGUUCAUUGGGGAGGCUUUUGUUGUCUUUGCUGGUCAUAUGCAGGUUGAUUAUGCUCUUCAAAGGGACAGACAGAACAUGGGGAGGAGAUAUGUGGAAGUUUUCAGCUGUAAGAAAGAAGAGUAUUACCAAGCUGUAGCUGCUGAGGUGAAGGAAGGAGGUAAGGAUUAUGAAUAUCGUUCCCCCCCUCCAUCUCGACCAAAGAGGUCUGUGAACAAAGAUGAUAUGGAGUACUCUGAGAUAUUGAAAUUGCGAGGUCUCCCAUACAGUGUUAGAAAAACAGAUAUUGGCAGGUUUUUUGGUGAGGAAUUUAAUGUUAAACCUGACAAGGUACACCUUGCAUACCGCUCUGAUGGAAAAGCUACUGGAGAGGCUUAUGUGGAAUUCGCCUCUACUGAAGAGGCCAAGAAAGCUAUGUGCAAGGACAAUAUGAAGAUUGGAUCUAGGUAUAUUGAACUAUUUCCUUCUCAUCCAGAUGAAGCUAAACGAGCCGAGUCAAGGUCACGACACUGAUGCCAAAUACUUCUGCAAUGUGGAGCAUUUUUAAGCAUCACAUGUUUUAUUCACCUGUUUCUAUAGUGGAUUAGUCUUGCACUUGUUAAAGAUUGUCUUCUUUGAUCACUUUCAUUACUGUAUGAUGAUGAUUUUAUGUCCCCGUAAGUAUAGUUUUCUAGACAUUGAUAUGAACAGGUUUAUAGUC